CAUGAUCUCGUGAAACAGCCAUUUUUAAUGGCAAUUGAUAAUCAUUUGGAACGGGCAAAACUCUGUCGAAGUCCCUGAAUUUCAUUCUUUAAGUAUUGCUAUCUGAAUCUGAGGUACCGCGGUUUGUAGCUUGAGAAAAACCUCUGAAAUCUUCGAGUAAAUGCUACUAAACCACUUCUUUCUCCGCCAUUUUAAGCCUAUGUAACCAGGCCUAAAAGGUGCAAAAACGAUUCGUGGGGGUAUAAGAGAGGCAAGAGAAAGUAUAAUAAAUUAUAAUAAAUUCGCCAUGUAGGACGAAGUUAUCAAGGCCAGUGUACUCAUUGCAUUCAUGAUCCUUCAAAACAAUAUCUAAUAUUUAGAUUCUCGAAUAUUUUUGUACAUUAUAUUGCUUUUUACUUAAUCAAAUAAAUAAUGGGAUUCCUGUGGUUAAUAAAAUUCCAACACUGAGCUAGCAGAGCUAACUAAGAGCAACAAAAUAUGUCUGAGAUUUUAUCCGAAUACUCUAAACAAGCAAUAGAUUGGAAAUUAAAAUUUGAUUCAGAGAUUAAUCCAAGGAGUUCAUUUGCUUAUUUAACUGGAGAAUCUGCAAAGCUAUUUGAAGUUGCUUUCACUGUUAAGGUUCCAUUUCCUUUGUUCAAAAUAUGGAAUAAUUUUUCAAAAAAAAGUACCUCAGAUGGAAGCUGUUAUAGUCUAACAGACCUGCUCAAUGCCACAGUACCUGGACACUGUUGGGCUAUUGCAAAGGGAUCAAGUGGACGGUUGGAAGAAAAUCUAAGAAGGGAAACUGGAAAAGUUCUCUCCCUCUAUAAGAAGUGCAAAGGUGGAAGGAACAGAAGGGAACUGGAUAAAAGAUAUGCAGAAUUCAGUAUCCUUUCAAAAGAGCUUGAAUCUAUCUCAAAGCUCAGAGAUGAAUAUGAAGAUGUGAAUCUGGAACUUCAAGAAUGGAAAAAUAAAUGCACUGAUUUGGAGUUGCAGAAAAAAACACUUUUGGAAGAGCUUAAGCAAGUUCAACAAACAAAUUGUGAAGAAAUUGAAGUUUUAGAAGCACUAAAUGAAGAACUCAAAGCUUAUGCACUGGCAUUAGAGGAAGGGGAUGAAAAAUUGUGUUGUUCUUCAAAAAAGAUUUCUGAGGUUGGUACAAAACAAAAAUCAAGAAAACUUAAACAGCUAAAAGAGAGAGCUCAAUGUGCUCUCUGGUUCUCAAAGACAUUUGGUCUGGACAUUGCAUCUAUUGCUUUUAAAGAUCAGAGUGAUGAUGGCAAAAUAUAUACUUUGAACUAUGAUGAACAGGAAAAAAAUAGUGAUGAAACUCAAAGACUUACAGAGGAAGAGAACCAUAGGCUUGAACAAGUAUUGUUUCUACUAGACAAAUUUUGUGUAAGUGAUGAAUGCUAUCAUGAACUCAGUUUCCUAACAAAUGAUAUCCCUCGAUCUUACCUCAUUAAACAAAAGAGGGACAAGCUCAAUUCUCUCUGCCACAUUGAGAGGGUGCCUGGCCCUGACCCUGGUGCUCAACGUUCCUUUUCCUUACUGCUAAAGGAGGUCAUAUCAAAGUAUUUGGAUUCACACCCAUCUUUUGAUUUCACUAAAAAUCCACUAAAAGUUAAAAUAAGUGGUGAUGGGGCAAAGAUGUCAAGAACAACCAAUUUUAUGAUUCUCUCUUUCUCAUUGCUGCAGUCUGGUGAAUACAAUGCAUCAAAAGGAAACCAUACGAUUGGAAUUGUGAAUGGACCCGAACAAUAUGAAACACUGAAAGUUUCAUACAACAGUCUAAUUAAGGAUAUUAAUGAGCAUGUGAAAGCUAAAAAAGUCACUUUGGGAGACAAAGAAAUUCCUUUAGAGUUUUUUCUUGGGGGUGAUUUGAAAUUUUUGCUGCUUUCAAUGGGUCUCAGUGGUGCCACUUCUGAUUAUGCUUGUUUGUGGUGUAUAGUUCGCAAGUCUCAGAGGUGGAAUAUGAAACAUGAAUCAACAUACUACAACUCAGACACAAUGAAAAGAACAAUCAAAUCACUUAAGGAGUGGUGUACAAAAAAGAAAGAGAAUUAUUGUUGUAUCAACCCACCUUUAUUUGAGAUUGAACUAGAUCAUGUCAUUCUGGAUGAACUGCAUAUGAUGUUAAGGAUAACAGACAGGCUGACAGAAAAUUUGAUUAUUGAAGUAAUGGAAAAAGACAGCAAAGAAGAUAUGCACAAACCAAGAGGAGAAUGUAAAGGCAUAGGCCUUGAUAAGCUAAUUAAAGCAAUUAAUGACAUUGGCAUAACAUUUAAUGUGUGGGAAAAACUGAAUGCAGAUGGAAAAUCAAGUAAGCAGAAAGACUGGACAAGUUUAGUUGGCUCUGACAAAAAAAAAGCUGAUGAAAUUUCUUCCUGAAAAGCUGAAAUCCAUGAAUAUACUCUUUGAUGAAACCAAGUCUGAGGUCAUAAAGCUUUGGGAAGACUUCCAUUCAUUAUACCUGCUGAUAUGCUGUGCAAAUGCUGAUGAAACUACACCAGAUUCUAUUCACCAAAAGGCCAAAGCAUGGAUAGAAUUAUUUUCCAAGCUUGGUGCGAAACGUGUUGGUUAUGGUAAUGCCAGGGUGACCCCAUACAUGCAUGCAGUUCCAUACCACAUACCCCAGUUUAUCUUAAGUCAUGGGCCAAUCAUACAGUUUUCAGGGCAAGGUGUGGAAAAAAACAACGAUGAUGCUAAGCGCAUAUACUACCAAAAGUCCAAUAAAUGGGAUGCAGCUAAGGACAUUCUGCUUUUGGAGUCUAGGCAAAAAUCUCUAGAGCACCACGAAA